UGGAUACGUAGAUUACGUAAUUUGCCUAGAUUCGAAUUUUCUAUUGCAGUUUCUUCCUAUAAAAGUUACUUUCGGCGGUUAUCAGUGUGAAGUUGAAAAAUUGACUCCGAAUUGGAAGCAGUCACUCGCGCAGACAACAGAAUUCAGGAUGCACAGAAUCAUACUCCUCUUGGGUCUUGUGGUGGUAGUGUCUGCAGUGCAGCCCUAUCAAGGUGCGAUUCCUAUUAUUAGGUCAGCCGCGGACGUGAGAUGGGAUGGGUCAUACAAUUUCCACUAUGAAAGUGCUGAUGGUAGUCUGCGGGUGGAAGAAGGCAACAUCGUUAACAAAGGAAGCUCCAACGAAUAUGUCGCUGUUAAGGGAAGCUACCGGUAUUUAUCGCCCGACGGACGAACCAUUGAAGUGGUCUACACCGCCGAUGAGAAUGGCUUCGUGCCAAGAGGGACAGUAAUUCAUUAACUCGUCAUAAGUUGCUAUUUCCCAAAUGUUAAAAGAUUUUAGUGUAGGUGUUGUUGUGUGAGGAAUGCAUGUUAAAAUUAUUAGUAAAAGUGUAUCUGUGUGAACAAG